CAUCCGGAAGCUGCGGCUGUGAAACUGGCCCGAACGGGACAGAAGCUGGUGUGAUGGAGCGGUGAUGUGCAGUUCGCCAGGAGAGUGAUCAGGCCACCGCAGCCAUGACCGAGUGCUUCCUGCCCCCCAGCAGCAGCCCCACCGAGCCGCGCAGGGCCGAGCAUCCAGGGGGCGUGGCGCGGACCCCCAGCUCCGAAGAGAUCAGCCCCACCAAGUUCCCGGGGUUGUAUCGCACCGGUGAGCCGUCGCCACCUCACGAUGGCCACCAUCACCACGAGCCGCCCGACGCCUACGUCUCGGACGAUGACAAAGAGCACGGCAAGAAGAAGAACAAGUUUAAGAAGAAAGAGAAAAGGACGGAAGGUUACGCCGCCUUCCAGGAGGACAGUUCGGCAGAUGAAGCGGAGAGCCCGUCCAAGAUGAAGCGCUCCAAAGGAAUCCACGUUUUCAAGAAGCCGAGCUUCUCCAAGAAAAAGGAGAAGGACUUCAAGGUGAAGGAGAAAGAGAAAGAAAAGGAGAAAGAGAAGGAGAAGGAGAAAGAGAAAGAAAAGGAGAAGGAGAAGCCCCCCAAGGAGGACAAGGUCAAGGAUAAGAAAUCCAAGGACCUGACGGCUGCAGAUGUGGUGAAGCAGUGGAAAGAAAAGAAGAAGAAGAAGAAACCAGCGACGGAGGUAGAGCCGGUCCCAGUGGAGAUCCCAACCUUCAGGCCCAUCUUCGGAGCUCCUCUGACAGAAGCUGUCAAGAGGACGGCUCUGUAUGACGGCAUCCAGCUGCCGGCCGUCUUCAGAGAGUGUGUGGACUACAUCGAGAACUAUGGCAUGAAGUGUGAGGGCAUCUACCGGGUCUCAGGUAUGAAGUCAAAGGUGGAUGAAUUAAAAGCAGCAUACGACCGAGAGGAGUGCCCCUGCCUGGAGGAGUACGACCCCCACACGGUGGCCAGUCUCCUGAAGCAGUACCUCCGCGAGCUGCCGGAGAACCUGCUGGGCCGAGACCUGGCCCAGCGCUUCGAGGACGCCUGCGGUCGGCAGGUGGAGGCCGAGAAGAUGACGGAGUUCCAGAGGCUUCUCACUGAGGUGUCGCCGGAGAACCGACUUAUUCUCUCCUGGCUCGUCACACACAUGGACCACGUCAUCACCAGGGAGGCAGAAACCAAGAUGAACAUCCAGAACAUCUCCAUCGUCCUCAACCCAACCAUACAGAUUGGGAACCGUGUCCUUUACACGUUCUUCACACACGUGCCGGAGCUGUUUGGAGACAUCGUGCUGAAGCAGGUGGUGCGACCGCUCCGCUGGUCCAACAUGGCCACGAUGCCGGCGCUGCCCGAGACGCAGGAGACCAUCAAGGAGGAGAUCCGACGACAGGAGUUCCUGUUGAACUGCCUCCACCGGGACCUGCAGGCGGGGGUGAAGGACUUGUCCAAAGAGGAGCGACUCUGGGAAGUUCAGCGAAUCCUGACGGCUCUUAAGCGCAAACUGAGGGAGGCCAAACGCCAGGAGUGUGAGAGUAAAAUAGCCCAGGAGAUAGCGAGUCUGUCAAAGGAAGAUGUUUCAAAAGAGGAAAUGACUGAGAAUGAAGAGGAAGUUAUUAACCUCCUCUUAGCCCAGGAAAAUGAGAUCCUGACCGAGCAGGAGGAGCUGAUCUCUCUUGAGCAGGUGCUCCGAAGACAGAUAGCUACAGAGAAAGAAGAGAUCGAGAGGCUGCGAGCAGAGAUCGCAGAUAUACAGAGUCGGCAGCAGGGUCGCAGUGAGACAGAGGAAUAUUCGUCAGACAGUGAAAGUGAAAGUGAAGACGAGGAAGAGCUGCAGAUGAUUUUGGAAGAUCUGCAGAAGCAAAACGAGGAACUUGAGAACAAGAACACUCACCUGAACCAGGCCAUCCACGAGGAGCAGGAAGCCAUCUUGGAGCUCCGCGUCCAGCUCCGCCUCCUGCACAGCCAGAAGGUGCAGCAGGAGCCGGCCGUCCAGCCGCCGGCCGAGCAGGUGCCCCCCCCUCAGCCGAGCCCGGAGGCCCACAGCGAGGAGCAGCCCAAACGCGCCGUCACCACGGCGACUGCUGCCACCGACGCAGCUGCCUCAGCCAAUGGGAAGGCAGCGAAGGAUCCGUCGAAGCCCUCGCCGAGCAAGGACAAGAGAGACACCAGCAUGUGACCAGUGUGUUCACGAGUGAUUGUGUCCACAGAGCGUCAGCCAUGUACAAAUAUUUUAUAUGUCCAUUGUCUUUGGUUCCUCGACUCUCAGCACAAAUCCAUUGUUUCUCAUUUCCCCACAAAACACAAAAGAAGAAGAAACGUGAGAGAUGAAGGGGGCGGGGCCAUAUUUUCCAAUCCACAGUGCCAAGCCUGUAUGAGGGGAGGGGAGUGGAGGGGGGGGUGGAAGAGAGUGGAGACAGUUUAUUUUUUACAGGUGAGGGCUCUGUAACUUGAUUUGUCCCUUACCUUGACAUUUCUCACGUUAGGACAGAGACCACUGUGCCAUACCUGAAGAUGCCAGACUGGACGAGUUCCCCCAGAGAACCACUAACACAAAAAAGCUCUUUGAAUUAAUGAAGAAUUUACGAUUGGUCUAUCUAUAUAUUAUAUAUUUAAAGUAGUAUUCUGAAGGAUACAAAUGACUAUUCCAAGAAAAUGCAUUGAUUUUGAAUUAGUGCUUUUUAGUAAUAUAUGAUUAUACAUGUAUAAGUACGUUGUAGAUGCUUUCUUUCCCUCUGAACCGCUGUGGUGUCGCGCGUCACAGCUGACCAGAGGAUGAAACGACAAACAAAUACACAAAUACACAAAUACACAGUCGUGAGUGCAAACGUAGACAAACAACUGGAGGCGACAAUUAGCAGUGCAAUCAUCUUCCUAAGGAAACAUUUCUCCGAUAACAAACGUGUAGGCUCAUUUCCAUGUUGCUGUGUGUUUGUCUGUGUGUGGUUGUUUAACUCUUGUUGUGUGGAGUUAUUAUUUAUGACAUCAGUGGGCCGUGAGGGAACACAACACGACUCAAUCAUUUCAUUUCUCAGCCGAUCCAUGACUGUUGUGAGAGUCCUGUCGAUAGCAUGGCCUGGCUUACUUUGCUGCAUCUGUAUAUUAUUGUAAAAUUGCAAACAUACUGUAUUUUCAGCUCUUUACGUUGUGUCAUGUUUUUUCCUUUUUUUUUAAUUAAUGACAUGUAUGAAGUAUGUGAGUGUGACUGCAUCUGCUUUGGUCACGGGCAAAUCGAAGCAAACUCAUGUGGACUCAUGAUCCAGAGUGUUUAUUAACCCUGUGACUGAAACAGAGAAAUGCUUGAUCGGGCCGUGAAGCUUCUCACAAGGUUAUUUUCAUAUUGUUCUGAGCUUUUUCAGCUUAUUGUUGCAGACAGAAUAAUGCUGUGAAAAAAUAAAGUGUCAAUCCGAA